AUGGAUGUGCAAGCUUAUCUGAGUAAGUUUGAUGCCUUGAAAGUAAGUUACGCAACACUCAUGCCUUGCACAAAAGAUGCAACAGUUCAUGCAGAACAACAGAGUAAAUAUUUCAUGGUCAUGGCACUUAAAGGACUACCAUCAGAACUCGAAUCCGUUCGUAACCAAAUUUUAUCAGGUACUACUAUUCCUAACUAUGAUACAGUUAGUGAACAAUUGUUGCGCUUGGCUACACCUCAUGCGUUUGGUCCGGUUUUCCCUCCAUCUAUUGUUGCAUCAACACCAAGUGACACUGCUGCUCUUGUAUCUCUUGACAACAAUCAGAAUCGCCUUCGAGGAGGGACAUUCAACUCUAAACCUCGUCUUAAGUGUGACCAUUCUGUCCGUACAGUUUUCUGCAGCCGUCUGUACCGCUAUGCACAUUUUUCAGCCGCUGCCUGCACAGUUCCAGCCGCUGUUUCAGCUGCUUUCUGCACAAUUUCAGCCGCUGUCACUAUAUUUUCUGGGUUGAUUUCUUCAUCGAAUCCUGUUUUCUUUGGUAUCUUAUACAUAAAGAUUUGGUUGUUGCUCCUUCAUGAUCAAUAG